CUUAAAUCGUUGGCUGGGAUUUCUUGAAUUGUGCCGCGAAAUAAACACAAACAACAUGGCGGUCGUUUUCGCGAGUUUCUUUUUCAUUCAAUAAAUGUACAUCGUACGGUCUGGAUACCAAAUGAAGUAAUCAACGCCGAUAUGUCAUUGAGCGAGGACGAAACGCGUCAGCGGCUUAAAGCUGCCGUCCAUUACACGGUCGCUCGGAUGUGCCAGAAAAUGGGCGAGGAACAAAGCAGAGAGUUCAGCCGGCAAGCGGUCGCGGCCAUCGCCGAGACCGCCUUCAGACAAUGCGAUAUAUUUGCUAAAGACUUAGAAGCGUUUGCAAAACAUGCUAAAAGAUGCACCGUGUCAGCAGAGGACGUCAAACUUUUGGCUCGUCGCAGCACCGCGCUGUCAGUGCACAUACAGAAGAAAAGUGAAGAAGUGGAACAAGAGCAGAAGGCUUUCAAAAAGAAGAGGAAGAGUAAAGAAAGUGACCAGAGCAAAGAAUAAGACAACAGACACUUCCGUUAGCUCGCUUCUUGCCCCCAAACAUUGUCAUAAAAAUGUCAACACGGCAAAAAUGCAUUUUGGUAAUGCUGUUGAAGGGAAGGGGCGGACAGGGGCGGGGUGGGGGGGGGGCUGUCGGCAGGAUUUUCACUGCAAAAAGUUCAAGUGACAAUUCCAGUGUUUUGUUUUUCCCGUCAUUUGGAUAUGGCAGUGUGCAUCGGGGGAGGGGCGGGGUAUGGAAUCGCAUUUCGUAAAAUCAGACCUUAUUCAAAACGUGGAUAAAAAUCAGAUGAGUAGCAAUCGUUUGCCAGUGUAAACAGAACUGAAAGACCUCACCAAUGCCCGUUCGUGUCAUUGAAAUAAAAAACCGUAAUAAAAAUCAUUUUAAAUUUACAACAGCAAAAGCAUAUACAAUCUGCUUUAAAUAUGAUACAGUACGUGCAUCUAAUUAAAGAAGCAAAAUAAUUUCAGACAGCAGCAGUGGAGUAAUGUGGAGAUUUCCCUUAUUUAAUUGAAUGGAGGGGACACGGAGGGGGUGGGGGGGGGGGGGGGUCAGCCCAGCCCAAGCAAACCCUACCAAGUUGUUGACUUAUUAUGUUGUCACUGACUGAUGUUGACGCUUCAGUUUAUU